UUAUUAUACACGUACACACAAAGGGAAGAAAAUAUCAAAUGUUCGUGCAUGUUAGUUUGCGCCAGGAGGUAGAAAACGAUUUUAGCUUUUGUUUUAUUCUCCGGCUUAAAACGCACGGCGGAAGAUGGCGGUGGCGAGUAUGAGAACGAAAUGGAUGGCUAUGACAGCGAGCAUAUGGAUCCAGUGCACGUUAGGAGGUUCUUACACCUUCGGAAUCUACUCGGCCAUCUUGAAAUCAUCUCAAUCAUACGACCAAUCAACCCUUGACACAGUCUCCGUCUUCAAAGACAUUGGUGGUAACGUCGGCGUUUUAUCUGGACUUUUGUACACUGCAACCACCUUCAAUCACCGUCGCCGUGACGGACGGGAAGGUAGAGGAGGUCCGUGGCUGGUGAUCUUGGUCGGAGCGGUUUUGUCCUUCACCGGUUAUUUCCUUAUAUGGGCUUCCGUGACCGGUUUGAUUAGACAACCGCCGGUUCCGGUUAUGUGUCUGUUUAUGCUAAUAGCUGCUCAGUCUUUAACGUUUCUUAACACGGCCAACGUUGUGAGCUCCCUUGAAAAUUUCGCCGAUUAUGGCGGCACUGCCGUUGGUAUUAUGAAGGGUUUUGUUGGCCUAAGUGGAGCAAUGUUAAUACAACUCUAUGAAACAAUAUGCCCUGGAGAUCCAAAGAGUUUCAUUCUUCUACUUGCAAUAGUACCUUCACUUCUUUCUCUAUUAGUGAUGCCACUAGUCAGGAUAUAUGAGACAAGCACGGUCGACGAGAAGAAGCAUUUAGAUGGUUUAUCAACUUUGUCUCUAAUCAUUGCAGCUUACCUUACGAUCACUAUCACUUUGAAGAGCACUCUUGGUUUAUCAUCAUGGGCCAAUACCGUAACGCUUGCGGUUCUACUCAUUCUCCUUGCCUCGCCUCUACUGAUUGCGGUGAGAGCACGUAGAGACAAUAUCGAGAAACCAUUUUAUUCUCCCCUGGUGGACAAUCUCGAAGCAACAACCUCUGGCGAGAGGUUGGUUGUGUUUGAAGAUAAAAGCUUGAAUCUCUUGCAAGCUAUGCGUAAUCUAGACUUCUGGUUGCUGUUUCUUGCGAUGGUGUGUGGAAUGGGAUCAGGGAUCUCGACGAUUAACAACAUGAGACAAAUAGGUGAGUCUCUUCGUUACUCUAACGUGGAGAUAAACGCAUUGCUGUCUUUGUGGAACAUAUGGAACUUUAUUGGUCGGUUUGGAGCUGGAUAUGCCUCGGAUGCUUUGCUACACAAGAAAGGAUGGCCACGUCCGUUGCUAAUGGCUACAACUCUAGGAGCCAUGACCAUAGGCCAUCUGAUCAUAGCCUCUGGUUUUGAAGGAAACCUAUACGUCGGUUCGGUCAUCGUAGGGAUAUGUUAUGGCUCACAAUGGUCGUUAAUGCCGACGAUUACGUCAGAGUUGUUCGGGGUUAAGCAUAUGGGAACAAUCUAUAACACCAUUUCAAUUGCUAGUCCCAUGGGUUCAUAUAUUUUCUCUGUGAGAUUGAUUGGUUAUAUCUAUGAUAAGACCAUUGUUGGAGAAGGUAACAUGUGUUAUGGUCCUCACUGUUUCCGGUUGUCCUUUGUGAUUAUUGCAUCCGUGGCUUUCCUCGGUUUUCUUGUCGCAUGUGUGUUGGUGUUCCGGACAAAGAAGCUUUAUCAACAUAUCUUCGAGAAGAGGUUGAAUCGUCGUCAAGAGUUGUGAUUUGUGAAUUAUCAUUACUGGGGUUGACAAAAAAAUCAUUACUAGGUAAAUGAUAUUGUACAGUGCCGUUUGUAUUUACAUUUGUUUAAGUUUGUGAUAAAUUGUUGGAUAUAUAUUGUGUAAAUACAAGUACAUAUGUAUAAUGUAUUUAUUGAUCUGAGGUUCUUUGUCAUUU